GAAAGUCAACAGGUGCAGCUUCCCCAAUCACUUGCUAGAUAUGCUCCUGAUGAAUUUCUGCCUACUGCCUUCUGCAUCUCUCCAAGGCACAGUGCUUCCCCAGAAUGUGGCCCAAUAUAGUAACUAUCUGGGUACCAUUUUAGGUUCAGACCUAGAAGAACGGACAAAGAAGACAUCCCUAAUGAUUCUAAGAUAUUUCAUUGCAGCACUGCAAAUAAGGCUACGUCAGUCUUUCCAGUGUCUUUCUGCUAAACAGUGAAGUACUCAGUGUCACUGCUGAAAUACACUUUCCAUUUCCUCAUAGGAAGGAAUCCCAAGCAUGAAGACGCUGCUUUUGCUUAUAAAUAUUCUUGGCUUAGCCAUUCCUUCCCCGAUCAAAAAGAGUGAAAUUCUACUCAGAAGAGGCUAUGGAGGCAAUAUUAAUGCAAUUUAUGCCGAUAAUGGAGUCUUAAAUACUGGUUCUGCUAAUGAGAAUGGGGACCAGCAGAAUGGAAAUGAUGGCCAACAAGAAGAAGAUAUAUUUCUUAAUCUCACCAAAGAAUAUGUUAUUGCUGAAGAAGUAUCUACAGUUGAUUCAAUCCCUCUCCAAGAAGCCUAUCAACAUGAGGCUGAGAGUCUGGUGCUCUCUAGGGACACCAACCUUGAGCAGGCCAAAGGCAACAGUCAGAAUAGCACACAGGAAACUGUGGACCCAUAUGCUAAGUUCCCAACAGGGAAGGAUGUUAAUAAUCAUAAUCCAGACCUUACCAAGAAGAGCAGCAAUGUUGAACAAAAUAGCACUGAACGUUUGAGAGAGAGAAAUGGAGUCCAUGCUCCCAUAUCAACAGAACACCUUGUCCCUUCAGAAGCAGGUAGCUUUGCUGACAAACAGCAUAUUGAGGAAUUCCACCCUACCAGUGACCUGACGACAACAAAAAAUGUUGGUGUACUAUACAGGGAUCAAUAUCAUAGUUCUGAUAGCUACCAUUUUAGUGAUGAAGGCAUGCAAGAAGAUGACCCAGGUUAUGCCGAUGACUCAGAUUCUAGCCAGCAGGAAGAGAGCCAGAGCAAUUCCAGUCAGCAGCCUGGGGAACCAAAUAAUCCAAGUGGUUCAAAUGAAGAAGGAUCAGAACAUUCCAGCACUUCAGGAGACUCAAGAAGCCCAAAUGACUCCAAUGGCUCCCCUGACUCUAGCAGCCCCAAUGACUCCAGCAGCGACAGUGACUCUAGUGAUUCCAGCAACUCCAGUGAUUCCAGCAGCUCCAGUGACUCCAGUGAUUCCAGCAGCUCCAGUGAUUCCAGUGAUUCCAGCAGCUCCAGUGACUCCAGUGAUUCCAGCAGCUCCAGUGACUCCAGUGAUUCCAGCAGCUCCAGUGACUCCAGAGAUUCCAGCAGCUCCAGUGACUCCAGAGAUUCCAGCAGCUCCAGCAGCAAUAGUGACUCUAGUGAUUCUAGCAGCUCCAGUGACUCCAGUGAUUCCAGCAGCUCCAGUGACUCCAGUGAUUCCAGCAGCUCCAGUGACUCCAGUGACUCCAGCAGCUCCAGUGACUCCAGUGAUUCCAGCAGCUCCAGUGACUCUAGUGAUUCCAGUGAUUCCAGCAGCUCCAGUGACUCUGAUUCCAGUGAUUCUAGCACCUCCAGUGACUCCAGUAGCUCCAGUGAAUCUAGUAAUUCCAGCAGCUCCAGUGAUUCCAGUGACCCUAGUGAUUCCAAAAGCUCUAGUGGAUCCAGUGACUCUAAUGAUUCCAGUGACUCUAGCAGUUCCAGUGAAUCUAGUAAUUCUAGCAGCUCUAGUGACUCCAGUGAUUCCAGUGAUUCUAGCAACUUUUCUGAGUCCCAAAGUUCCAGUGAUGCUGAUGAUUCCAGUAGUCACAGUGAUUCAAGCAGUUCCAGUGCUUCUAAUAUCUCUGAUAGUUCUGACAAGAGUAGCUCCAAUGAUUCUGGCAACUCCAGUGAUUCUAGCAGUUCCAAAUCAAUAAACAAGAAGUAGAUAAAUAGACCUGAUGACAUCAAGAGACAUCACCACUAAAGUAAAAGCUGCAGCCUGUAAACAAAAUAUGACCCAACAGUAGAAUUGGGAGCAAAAUUGUGAGAGUGGCAGGCAGUGAAAGCACUUGCAGCGAUCCUGAGGCAACUUUAGAGUCCUUAGGAACAUUUCAGGAUUUGCUUUUGUUGCUGCAUUGCUCCUGAAGGCAUGAAAGGCAAAUGUGAUUAUUUUGUUUAAAAAUAAUUCCUAACCAUUUCCAGAUACAUUUAGUAUCUUCAAUUCUGCUCCAUUAAUCUGGCCAUUGCAAAAGGCCAACUCAAAAGGCCAAGAAAAGGCUUUCUAAAAAGUACUCUUGCAAAACUAUGAAGCUAUUCACAAGCACAAGCAAAACUGGGCUAAGGAAGUCCAGCCCAGUUUUGCCUGCACAUCUAGAUUGAGCCAGAUCCUGGUGGUCCUACGGCAGCAAACCCACCUCUGUAGCCACCCUCUAAUAUGAGGAUAGGAGAGAGAGUGCUCUCCUAACCCACUUUUUCGGAUUGUCUGCAAGCCCUGGCUGCUUGAGGAGCCUCCCAGCCAGCUUAGGGGAGGAAGGAGCCCCAUAAUGCACUGUGCAUUUGCGCGGUGCAUUAUGGUUGCUCUGGGGGGGAAUGUGGGGUGAUGCUACCAGUAGUAGCUGGUAAUUGUCUGGGCGGGUGAUCUGCCUGCUGAAGAAGGAGCCGUGGGUCAUCUGUGGGGAGGUAAGCUUUUUAAUGCUUCCUCCCCAUAGCCCUCUUGCCCUUUCUCACUGGUCAUAAGAAAGGGCUCUAUAUUUCUUAGGGUUCUCUGGGGAACUCAAACAAUCCCCAGAUUUGUUUGGGCAUACCAGGAUAGUUACAUCUGUCUUCCGUUUGUAGUGAGGAAGCACUCUUAAAAUAUAUAUUUACACCGGUUUAGUAAUUCCCUCUUCCCAGAGAUUCCUUGGGAUUUUAGUACUGAGGCGAGGGGAUUAAAGAUUUCUAACACAGCUUCUCAGGAUUAUUUGGGAGAAGCCAUGAGAAUUAAAGUAGUAGAAAGCCAAUAUAAGUAGGUGAUAUAGUUCUGCUUUGAUUGCUAUUUGCCCUUCAGCAAUUCACUAAUAGCAAAUACUGCACAGUGAAGGUUGCUCCCAAGCAAAUCCUAUGGGGCAUGGUGAACUCCCUCAAUUACAGUACUAGAGCAUUUCCAAAAUAGUUCGUGGUGUCUUUGUACUAUUAGUUGCUGCAAACCGGUCUACCUUGAAGUUAGCUUAAGUUAUUUUAAUCGGACUGCUGAUUAAACUGAAAAUUAAUGCAAUCAGAUGACAGAUUCACUGUGCAGUCAAAUACAACCAGCAUUAACUCAACUCUUAUAUGCUGGAACAAAGUGAAGAUACGCAAAAUUUGCCACAUGAAAACAAAAUGAGAAGUGCUAUUCAGACUUGGUGGGAAAUAAAUCCCUGGGUGCAGGUACCAUCACUAAUACCAAUAGGUUUCUGUUACCAGAAUGGUGCCUUAAUACACCUUUUGGACAAUAGACUGUUGUCUUCAAAGUGCUACAACUGGAGGGAAAGGUAUCCGCUGCCCAUAUUGAAGAAGAUAGACAAAUCCCUCACUCUUGCAUUCUCUGUGGGGUUUUUGACAUUUGUUUUCCUUACUUAUUUCGGGAGCUGUGGCUUCCUUUUAGACCUAGGGUGUGGAAACCUUACAACACAACAAAGUUAGUGUGCUGAAACUGUCAAAAGGACAACCCCAGGCUGUGCUGUAAAUAUCCUGACAGAACUGGGCCAAAAUCCCUUUCAAGAUGCUUAGAGGAAAUUAUAAUUUUAAAAAAUAAACACACAGAUUGCAAGCUC